AUGUCGAUCCUCACUGAGUUCACUGUUGAUGGUGGUAACAACGUGAGUGUAGAGGAGGUCAGUGGAGCCUUGGCCCGGAGGAGGAGGAAGGCCGAGGCGGACGUCGAGGAGCGCAUCAGGAGCAGUAGGGAGAAGAUGGCUGCUGGCAAGGAAAGGGACAUCGCCUCUCCGCAGAAGAGGCGGCGGGAGCAUCGCAGGGCUGUGGAGGAGAGGAAGAGGAGACGUCGGGAGGCUAAGGACUCCUUCAAGACCUCCUUGGAGAGAUUCAGUGAAGGGCUGAUGGACUCCCGAGGGUCCAGUGGGUCUAGUACGGACUCCCUCUCGAUCAUCAUCAGAG